AUGUCCUCAUCAUUUGAGCCAUCACUAUCAAUCAGCGGCAUGCGCCCGCCUCUUACGUCGGCAGACGCGCCGUCAAUGGCCGACUCUUUGCCCAGUAUCAACUUUGGUUUCGAGGACUUGCGUAAUCGCAUGGCUCAGUUUACAGCUCGUUUUGAUGCAUUUAUUGAUCGAGGCAGGAAGCAGGUUCUGGAGGAGAGAAAUCAGUUUAAGAUUGGAUUGGCGGAGCUUCAAGAGGAUGAGCGAAUGAAACAGAGGGAUAUUGAGAUAUUGAAUCUCAAAUAUCAAACUCACAAGCAGACACUUCAAAAAGAAUCAGCCGAGGCUGCCGAUAUGCAUACUGCGAUCUCAUCGGUGACAUUGGAACGCGAUUCCCGCCUUGCCAAACGCGAUCGCCUCAAACAACAAAUUGACGAGACCCAAAAGGCCACCGCCCAGAAACUAGAAGCCCAGAAGGCCCAUGCCAGACACUUAGAUGCGCAAUCCCGUCUGAAUGUCCCCGAGCUGGAGUUUUGGCAAGAGUACCUAUGUCUCAGGAUUGAGGGAGCUGGAAGAGAGGAUCGCCUCAAGUUUAUUUAUAGCCAUUUGUUGGAGAAAGAUUGGGAGGCAGAAGCUUGGUUUGAGCUGAGCACCACUAGUCGCGAUUACGAGGUCUUCCACACACGGCCUAAAUUGGAUAAGGAAGCCCUUGGACGAGAGCUGGAUAUCGUCAAUGAGGAUCGUGACUUUGGCGCAUUUCUAAAAAGAAUGCGUAAACUUUUUAUCGAAACAAUGAAGUAA